AGCAGUGAUCAGUUUAGCGCUGUGCGUGCGCUACUAAAGACUCGAGCGUUAGCAGUCCUGCAGCGUGAGUGUGUGAAGCGCUGCUUUAUCGUUGAGCUGUAGAGCAGCGGCGCAGCAGCGCGUGGUGUGAUGGCGUGUUGGUAGAGCUGGGCUGUGAUUGGUCAUGGCGCGGGUUAUGGGCGGUGCGCAGAUCAGCGGCUGAGCGGCCCGUCAGAGUAAAUAAAGCCGCUGCUCGAGCUCAAGCUCUGCGUCUACUGUUACCUGCUCCACAGACACGCAGCUCCACAGUGGGGUCAGGAUGCCGGAGAUUAACACGGAUCAUCUGGAUGAGAAGCAGGUGCAGUUGCUUGCAGAGAUGUGCAUCCUCAUCGACGACGAUGACAGGAAGAUUGGAGCUGACAGCAAGAAAAACUGCCAUCUCAACUCAAAUAUUGAGAAAGGAUUAUUGCACCGAGCAUUCAGUGUUUUCCUGUUUAACAGCGAGGAAAAGCUGCUCCUUCAGCAGAGAUCCAAUGCCAAAAUCACCUUUCCAGGCUGUUUUACCAACACUUGCUGCAGUCACCCUCUCCACACCGCCAGUGAACUGGAGGAGCAGGACGCCAUCGGGGUCCGCCGCGCCGCACAGAGACGCCUGCAAGCUGAGCUCGGCGUUCCCACCGAUCAGAAAUCUGGAUGUUCAGGGCUAACCUGCUGCUUGUCCCAGGUGCCUCCAGAAGAGAUGACCUACCUGACCCGCAUCCACUACAAAGCCCAGUCAGACGGCGUCUGGGGCGAGCACGAGAUCGACUACAUCCUCUUCAUGCAGAAAGACGUGGAUCUGAAUCCAGACCCCAACGAGAUCCAGAGCCACUGCUACGUGUCCAAAGAGGAGCUGAAGGAGAUCCUGGAGAAAGCCAAGAAUAAAGAGCUGGAGAUCACGCCCUGGUUCAGCCUGAUCGCAGAAACCUUCCUCUUCAAGUGGUGGGACAACCUCCAUAACCUCAAACAGUUCAUCGACCACGACGGGAUCCACCGCAUGUAAGCCACGUCUGGAAAGGACUCGUUACUAAUGGACACUUUAACGGUUAAUAAA